GAUUAUUCGCACUUGAACACUCGCGUUGAACGGACGACACUCGUGCUCAUCGCGGUUGGAAUAAAGGCAAACAGGCAGUCAACCAGCGCCAGUCUGGAAAGUUGCACCCCCUCGGUCGAAGAAAAGUCGAACAUCAGCCUAGAACUAACCCGGAUGGACAUCGUGGAGUACCAUUUUGUGAUUGUGAUUUGCCUCUAAGGACAGUGUUUUGCGUAUGAUCGUUUGAGUUUUCGGUUUAUGUAGACUGCUGGGCCUAGUUUUGUGUUGGGAAGCUGUGAAGAUUAAGGCUUGGAAAUUGUGUUUUUAAGGUGAUUUUUACGUUUGCUGAGCCAAACGCAGCGUGACUCUGUUCGAGAAUUUGUCUCCGGUUAAUAUUCUAAAGUAAUCAUCGCGACCUAGAGUGAGAAUGUCAAUGGCUGAGACGACAACGACAACCACGACGACGAGUUCGUCUGAGAACAAUGAAAAGUUUGCCAACUCUAAUCCCAGUUCCUCAUCAGAUGCGUCUAAAGAAGCUACCCCCAGUGAAAGCUCCCGUGCCGAGAGCAGUCCUCGGGAUAAUAAACGGGAAGCCAGUUGGCCUUCGGUACUGUUCUACAUUCAUCUCAACAUCCUAGGAGUCUAUGGAAUUUUUGUACUUUUUUCUCAUACCUCAGCAAUCACCUUUAUUUUUACAUCAUUUUUAACUUUAUGUGGAAUACUGGGCGCCACUGCUGGGGCACAUAGACUAUGGGCGCACAAAACCUACCAAGCAUCUACCUUCCUUCGAUUCUCCCUGAUGUUGUGUCAAACACUAGCAGGACAAGGUUCUAUCUACGACUGGGUCCAGAUGCACCGAUUGCACCACGAAAAGUUCCGCACCCCAGACGAUCCGUACUACAGUGACAAGGACUUCUUGCACGCGCAGGUCUUUGCCAACAUCCAGAAACUGAGUCCCCGCCAGGAAAAACUGCUCGAACAGAUCGACAUGCGCGAUCUAGAGUCUGAUAAGAUUGUUAUGUUCCAGAAGCGUUUCUACUGGCUACUGUACCCGAUUCUGUUUGUCCUGCUGCCGAUUAAUGCUCCUCUCGAGUACUGGGGUGAUACCGUUCAAGCCGCAAUCUUCGUUGCCUUUUCGCUGCGCUACCUGUUGGUGCUGAACGUUGCUUGGUUGAUUAAUUCAGCUCACUUGAUCUGGGGACUGGACAAGAAUCACAAGCAGAGCGACUCCAACAUGGUAUUCGUUGUGACCAAGAGCUACUGGCCACAGUACCACUACCUGUUGCCGUUCGACUACCAGAGCGGAGAAUUCGGAAAUUAUGGAUCGGGAUGUACCACUGCCUUCAUACGGGUUUGUGCUGCCAUGGGAAUGGCAUCAAAACUGCAAACCAUGACGACGGAAGCCGUAAAGAAGGGACUAACGAUGGCCGUGGACAGUGGCCGACCAAUCGUGGACUGUUUGAAACAGGCCGGGGCCGAAGAUAUGUGCAAUUUGCAGCGUGAACACUAUCUCAAAAACGAAAGACUUCACUAGAAAUAGAAGUCACUGAUGGCUAGCUUUAGUAUGUGAGUUCUUUUUUUAUGCUAAAGGAGU